GGACAACAACACCCAUCUCCGAAUGAAGACAAGGAGUAACAAUACCUUAAUAUGGGGCUCGAUCGGCCUGUGCCUGUGAAGAGGGCUAGCACUGACGACCACGAUAUCUCCCCGCCACCGCUGAAGAAGCGGCAGCAAUCAACCACAACGAACAAGGCUGUUGCCAACUUUUUCACCCCAGUCUCAAAGAAAGAGCCCGAAAAGAUGUCGUGGCGAGUUGUCAACGACAGCCUCCUCAUCGGCCGUUACCAGACAUCUGCAGCAGCCCACGCUGUCCAAUCGGGUGCCAAACGUCGCAAAAUUGCAGCUUUUGACUUCGAUUCUAGUUUGAUUACAUCUGCUUCCGGGAAUAGAUUUGGACGUGAUGCAAAAGACUGGAAAUGGUGGCACGGCAGCGUCCCAGGAACUAUGAAGAGUCUUCACGAUGAGGGAUAUCUAGUCGCAGUCGUGAGCAACCAGGGAGGGAUCAAUCUCAAACCCAAUCCAAAGACCAUCAAGAGUGACCAGAAACGACUAGCGGAUUUCAAAGGCAAGGUGUCUGCCGUGUUCAAUCAACUUGACCUUCCGCUUAGCGUAUAUGCUGCUACCACACGAGACCAUUACCGGAAGCCCAGGAUCGGGAUGUGGCAGGAGCUCCUCGAAGACUGCGACCUUGAAUCUGGAGACUCGGUGGACCUAGAGAACUCCUUUUUCGUCGGCGACGCGGGAGGCCGCAAGGGCAACGGUACUCCAGGAGCAUCGAAGGAUCAUUCUUGUAGUGACAGGGACUUCGCUGCAAAUGUUGGUAUCACCUUCUUGACUCCGGAGGAGUAUUUCUUGAAGGAAGACUCUCAACCCUUCGAACGAGACUUCGACCCUGCAAGCUUUAUCGGAGCUCUAUCUCAGAGGUCAGUUGAUGCAGUUCCAUUCUUGAAACGCAGUGAACUGGAAGUCAUACUUUUUUGCGGUAGCCCCGGAGCAGGCAAAUCAUCCUUCUAUUGGCGACAGCUUCAACCCCUUGGAUACGAACGUGUAAACCAAGACCUUCUAAAAUCACGCGAGAAAUGUCUGAAGUCGGCUUCCGCCUCCCUCGAGAAAGGGAUCUCGGUUGUUGUGGACAACACCAAUGCAGAUCCAGAAACCCGAUCACAUUGGAUUAAACUAGCAAAGCAGUUCGGGGUGCCGAUCCGCUGCGUCCUGUUCACUGCAUCGGCGAAACUUUGCGAGCACAAUGACACAGUGCGAGCGUUGAACAUCGGGCCCGUUACAAACCCAGAAAAGCGGACCAUUCUUCCUAAAGUUGCUUUCACUAGUUUUACAUCCAGGUACAAGGAACCCAGGCUCGAGGAAGGCUUCCAAGACAUCUUGAGAGUAGACUUCAAGUUUGAAGGCAGUGAGCAAGAGCAGGCAAUCUGGAGCAAAUAUUGGCUUUGACAAGGUUUGACGCCAUCAUACGGAGAUAAGUAGUGUCUAGCAAGAGCGAUUACAUGCCCUGGACUUGUGCAGAAUAUACUUUUCCGUGGGGAACCGCGAUGUCACUGAUUGCAAUGUCACUCCGCGGCUAGAGUUUUCAUUCGAUUAUUUUUCGAUCCCCGUGGGGAAAACAUUCAAUACUGCCAUACAGCGAUCACAAUAGGACCGGCUACAAUGCUUCUACGGACUCUCCACACUUUCGCGACCACGUUUUCCUCUCACCGUUGUACUGUACCUUCGCGUCGCGGCCGACGGCUGGCCGGGUCGCGGAAACAACACCUCAGGCUGCCUAGGCUGCAGCAGUGCAGAUCGCAGUGCAUCAAACGGCCCAACUAACCUGCAAGGCCAUAGGGCAACGGACGCGCUAGACACGGAUCUGUCAAGCGCACAGCGGUGGGCUAAAUCAGCAGGAACCACG